UUCACCUAUAUAACCACUGGAAUAAAUAAUUUUAUAUAUACAUAUAUAUAACAUAAAUUUAAAUAAAUAAAUAUGUGAGCGGUGCUAGUGUAAAUAAUUAAUAAACUAAUUAAUAAAAUCCCCCGGUACUCAACAUAAAUAAUAAAUACUUCAAUAAAAUAAAAAUAAUAAUAAUAACUAAGAAAAUAUAUAUGAACAUAUAUAUAAAUAAAUAAUUAGACUGGUGUGCGUAAUAGGUUGCCUUGGGUACCCCAGGCAACGGUGAAUUCACAUUUAAGGUAAACAAACUAAUUUGUUAACUCAUACGUCGACACACUGGAUUUUGUAAAAAAAAACCAUCGGUUUUAAAAAUUUAAAUUUAAAUUUCUGAGUAAAUAAAAAUAAUUUACAAAACAACAAAAUAAAAUGACUUCUUUGGAUAUAAGACAGCAGAAACUGGAGCAACAAAGACAAAUCAUAGCACAGAAAAUGAGACAGAAAAGACAAACUGGUGCUGCUGGUAUGGUACAGGCAUCAGCUAUUCCUGGUGCGACUUUUAUAAGUCAUUCUGGUAAAUGGGUUUCACCAGCUACAGACAUUCAUGUCUACGACGGAUCAAUGCAAUAUACAAUGUCACCAACAAAAAGUAAUUCAAAAAUAAGCGACAUGAAGACUCCGACCGUCGAAUUGCAACACGCAGACAGCGUUUUUGAUGAGACACUAGAAACUGGAGACUGCGCUGACGAAGAAUCAUCACCACUGGACACAAGAAUUGCCGGCGACAGAGAAUCUAUAUCUCUGAGAUCGACUCUACCUGUCGCGCCUUCGGAUCCUGACGCGGUCAUUGUCAACCGCGAAAAUAAUUCAAAUAGCCCGGAACUCGAGGGUAAUGUCGAGGGUAAUAUCGAACAAUUUGUACUGCAACCCGCGAAUAAAAAAAUGCAUUACAAAUGUCGGAUUACAAGAGACCGCAAGGGAAUGGACCGCGGAUUUUACCCCACGUAUUUUUUGCAUCUCGAACGUGACUACGGUAAAAAGGUAUUUUUGCUGGCAGCGCGAAAACGUAAAAAAAGUAAAACGAGUAAUUACUUGAUAUCUACGGACCCAACGGAUUUAUCACGUGACGCAGAGUCAUUUGUUGGUAAAUUACGAUCGAAUUUAAUAGGAACCCAAUUCACGGUCUUUGAUAACGGAUACUCAUUGAUGAAAGAUGAUAAAAAACAUAAUGAAAGAGCGAAUCCGAGGCAAGAAUUGGCGGCCGUUGUUUAUGAUACGAAUGUCUUAGGUUUCAAAGGCCCUAGAAAAAUGACUGUCAUUAUUCCUGGAAUGACACCGGAUCAAAAAAGAAUAUCGAUUUGUCCACGUGAUGAUUCGGAAACACUUUUAGAGAGUUGGAAAAUGAAAAAUAUGGACAAUUUAAUAGAAUUACAUAAUAAAACUCCUGUAUGGAAUGAUGAUACCCAAUCAUAUGUACUUAAUUUUCAUGGUAGAGUGACCCAGGCAUCGGUUAAAAAUUUUCAAGUGGUCCAUGAUACUGACACCGAUUACGUUGUAAUGCAAUUUGGACGAGUUGCUGAAGACGUAUUUACAAUGGACUAUCGUUUUCCAUUAUGUGCAUUACAGGCAUUUGCUAUCGCAUUAAGUAGUUUUGAUGGUAAACUAGCAUGUGAAUAAUUUUUUUUUAAAUUUAUUUUUUAGUAAUUUAUUUAUUAAUCGAACAAACAAAUUAAUAAUUAUUAAUCAUUGACAAUUAAAU